AUGUCUCCAAGUGAUGUGAUUUAUGGGUUUUUCUCCAUAUUUCAAGUUUCUUUUGGGUUCAUGGGGAACUCAUUGCUCUUCAUGUUAUAUAUGUACACUUUCUUAACUCAAUCUCACUUGAAAAAGCCUAUAGAUUUGAUUUUUAUACACCUGACAUUGGUCAAUGCUUUGACCAUCACAUCCAACUUGAUACCAACUGUCAUGUCAUCCUUUGGAGUAAGACAUUUUCUGGAUGACGUUGGUUGUAAGGCAACUUUGUACACAUACAGGGUUACUCGGGGUCUUUCCAUCUGUACUACUUCCCUCCUGAGUGCAUUUCAAGCCAUCACUAUCAGUCCCAGUACUUCUAAAUGGGCAUGGCUUAAAUCUAAAAUCUCUACAUGUGCUUUUCCCUCUUUCCUUUUCUUCUGGAUAAUCAAUAUGUUCAUCUAUAUCCACAUCAUCAAAACUGUCAGAGCCAAGCACAAUGUCACAUUUGUUGGUCCUGGGUAUUCUCAAGUAUACUGUCACACUAAGCAGGUGGAACGCCACUAUUCAAUGGCAUUUAUAAGUGGCAUGCUGAUUAAAGAUAUCCUCUUUGUGGUCCUUAGGAUGUUGUCCAGUAUCUACAUGGUGAAUCUACUCUACAAACACCACCAGAGAGCCCAGCAUGUUCACAGCCGCAGCCUCUCUUCCCAGCCAUCUCCUGAAAUCAAAGCCACCCACAAUAUCCUUUUGCUUGUAAGUUGCUUUGUUUUCUUUCAUUGUGCGAACAACUUCAUUACCCUUUAUUUUUUUUAUAUACCCGAGAAAACCCCAGGAAUUCAGAGAAUUGCAGGGAUUAUUUCAGCAUGCUACCCAACCAUCUGCCCUUUUGUGCUGAUGAAAAAUAAUAAGAUUAUUUUCACAUUUACUUCUUCCAUUUCAAAAAUGAGAACGACCUUUUUUCAAAGAACAUUCGGUAGAUGA